AUGCACCGGGACACAGCGACUCACCCGGAAGGAGAAGCAGUGAUUCUGGCUAUAUGGAGCAUUUCUUACUUACAGGAGGUGAUCACAGUGCGUGUUCAGGACCCCCGAGUGCAGAAUGAGGGCUCCUGGAAUUCUUAUGUGGAUUAUAAAAUAUUCCUUCAUACGAACAGUAAGGCCUUUACUGCCAAGACUUCCUGUGUUCGGCGUCGCUACCGUGAGUUUGUGUGGCUGAGAAAGCAGCUACAGAGAAAUGCUGGUUUGGUGCCUGUACCUGAACUUCCUGGGAAGUCAACCUUCUUUGGCAGCUCAGAUGAGUUCAUUGAGAAGCGACGACAAGGUCUGCAGCACUUCCUUGAAAAGGUCCUGCAAAGCGUGGUUCUCCUGUCAGACAGCCAGUUGCAUCUCUUCUUGCAAAGCCAGCUCUCGGUGCCUGAGAUAGAAGCCUGUGUCCAGGGCCGAAGCUCCAUGACUGUUUCUGAUGCCAUUCUUCAUUAUGCUAUGUCAAACUGCGGCUGGGCCCAGGAAGAGAGGCAGAACACUUCUCACCUGGCCAAAGGAGACCAGCCUAAGAGUUGUUGCUUUCUUCCAAGAUCCGGUAGGAGGAGCUCUCCAUCACCACCACCGAAUGAAGAAAAGGACUAUUUAGAAGUGUGGGCUCCAGUCAUUGACUCUGAGGUUCCUUCCUUGGAAACUUCUACUCUUCCACCCCUCUCAUUACCAUCAUGCUGUGAUUUUGUAAGACCUGAUGAGGGAACCUCCACUCCUCCGUCUGUGAGGAGUGCCACAGGAAGGGACCAUGCUGUUGUGCCUUUGGACCCUGGUCAGUUAGAAACAGUUUUGGAGAAAUGAAUGCUGGUCUGAACUCUGGGUUUUGCUCUGAGGGAGACAGAGAAGAACCAGGCCAGGAAACUUAGGUGGGAUUGAACACAGGGCCAGUAUAGGGGGAUUCUGGGCUAUUUACAGUAACUUCUGCUCAGGUUGGCUGCUCAUAGGUCAUUCAUGACAGCCCCUCGUGCCUCCUCCAGAAGAAUAAACACUGUGCAGAUGUUUCUUAGUUAAGCAUAACGCCCAAGAGCUGUUGAUUUUGAACAGAAACCCUUAUUUACUUUCCUGGGAACUGAGUUUCUUCAUAUAUUUGGUUACAGGCCCAGGAGCGCCUCCUCAGGUGACUGGUUUUGGGGACCUGUAAGUGGCAGAUUCUAACCUGCUAUAUUGAAUAUUGUCCCAACAGGAAUGUUUAUGCAGGUGUACUCACAUUUUGGCUGGCUUCUGUUUUUGCUGUAUACCCUGAAGCAUUUUAUUUCUGGCCUCUUGCCUACCUCCUUGCAUGGACAGGGCAGUGAAUAUUACUCUCCUACUUCCUUGCUUUUUUCUUCCACUAAUACCAUUAAAUGGAACUGGUCCUGGGACUUUUGCUGCUAGAGUUUCUGGCCUAUUCCAAGACCUCAGCCAGGCCGAAUGGAGCCUGGAGGGAGGUGGUUGGCCAUAGCCAGAGGGACAGGAUACAGCUCAGCGGCCUUUGUUUUGGGGAAGGCUGUCUGGGGCUUACACUGUUUCUUCUAGUUAUAAAGCAGAGACGUGGCUAUCUUUUCUGCAGGCUUAGAGUGGGCUUCUUUCUUUUGAAUCCUUUUCUUCUCCUUUAGUAAUAGCUCCCUGCCCCCAGGGCUUCAGCUGCCUGUGUUGUCCCUCUGCUGUGUUGCAAGGAGGCCGUAUGUUCAGUUCAGUGGGGCGCAAGGGCUUUGUUUCUGCCUAGAAGAGAGGGCUCUGGGGAUGGAGAUGAAGAACAACACGCCCUCCUUCAGACAAUGAGGCAUUCUGCCCUCCUGCUGCCAUUAUUCCUCUCCACUGAGAGCCAGACCUGGUAGGAGCCCAGUGCUGCAGGCAUUCUGCAUUGCUCUGCUCUUAGGAUUGUGUGUGUGGUUCUUCCCCUCUCACCCACUCCUCCCUUCUGUGACCAUUCCACCCUAUCUGUGGGCUCUUUUACUACUAGCCUAUGCUGUGGGACUGUCAUGGCAUUUAGUUCAGAGUUGAGGGGCUAUGGCCUGAAAUAAAAUGCAAGUAUUUAAGACUGUUGCAAUUUGUGUCUAACAAGCUGUAGCCAAGAAGGAGGGAGUGAGAGCUGGUUGUAGUUAUUUUCAUAAAUCAUGAAUUUAUCAGCGUGGAAAUAAUGGUUCAGAACUGUACUGCAGCUCUCCGGCAUUGUGUGUGCAGCUCAAGUUCACCACUGGAGCAAGGAUUGUAUUCCAAAGAGCCAGGAUCCAACUCUUCUCGCAGUUCUGGGCAUGAACCUUGUUAGGUAUAAUUUACCUGAUGCUGCUUCCAUCCUCUCAGGCUGUCUGAGGUGCCAGGUGCUGAAAGAGAAAUAAAGUUUGUCAACAGGCA